GCCUUAUCAUCCAACCUCAAUUCACAACCUUGCCUUCUCUGCCACUUUACUUUCCUCUCCUCUCUUCGAUUAAUCUCAUCAAAUUGAUCGCCGAUGACGUCCAAGAAGGACGACUGCGUCGAGCACGGGCGGCGGUGCGAGCGGCGGCGGAGGUGGCGGCGAGUCAUCGGAUGCAUCCUGCUCUUCCUAUUCCUGGUCCUGCUCGCCAUCUUCAUCACUUGGCUGGUGCUCCGCCCCACGAAGCCGCGGUUCUACCUGCGCGACGCGACGGUGAGCCAAUUCAACUACACCGGCCCGCCCAGCAACCUGCUGUCGACGGUGAUCCAGGUGACGGUGUCGUCGCGCAACCCGAACGACCGCAUCGGCAUCCACUUCGACCGCCUCGAAGCCUACGCCUCCUACCGGUACCAGCAGAUCACGCUCCGCUCCCACCUGACGCCGCUGUACCAGGGCCACAACGACGUCGUCUUAUGGUCGCCCAUCCUCUUCGGCCCCGCCAUCCCCAUCGCGCCCUACCUCUGCGACGCCAUCAAAGGCGACAUCGCCUCCGGCUUCCUACAACUCCGCGUCCGCCUAGACGGCCGGAUCAGGUGGAGCGUCGGCAGUUGGGACUCCGGCCACUACCACCUCUUCGUCGACUGCCCCGCCUUCCUCACCUUCCAGAACGGCAGAUCCACCGGCGAAGGCGCCAUCGUCAAGUUCCAGCAGUUGUCAUCCUGCAGCGUCGAGGUCUAACUUCCUCGGCUGCGGGCAGCCGGCAGCCUACUUGUUCAUUAAUUACGGCUACCUAAUCAAUCAAUUACCGUGUACUUUAAUUAAGUAUUUAUCGACGGGGGAGGAAGAAUAAUGCAACAGAUGCAAUCAAUUGUAUCGACUCUUCUUCUAUGAGUUGCCCUGUAAAUUAAGUGAAUGAUUGCAGCA